CCGGUUCCCCGACGACAUCCUCUUCCCCCGCUUAUAUCAAUUGGUUGUUCCAGCCGUUCAACCGACCCAGGGAUCACCGGAUGUAACAAGGUUAAUUGAUCGUCGUCGAAGACUACGGCGAGAAGAAGGUCAGGAUUUAUGUAAAAAUGCAGCACAUGUGAAAAGGCGGGAAUUUUUUGAGCCAGCCGCGCCACUCUCCGCUUUUUAUUCGGUUCUCGUAUCUGCCGUUCCUCGAUCAAGUCGUCCGCUCUGCUAGAGAUGGGAAGGAAAAAGCGAUCGAGGGUUUCAGAGGAGGGCGUCGAGGAUUCUGCUCCAAGAGAAGGGGGCAGUCUAGGUGCCGGCGCCUCGUCCACUUCCAGUGACAAGAGCUUGUAUGAGAUUCUUGGUGUGGAACGGAUAGCGUCUCAGCAGGAAAUAAAGAAGGCUUACUACAAACUUGCCUUGCGACUUCAUCCUGAUAAAAAUCCUGGUGAUGAGGAAGCAAAAGAAAAAUUCCAACUUCUGCAAAAGGUUAUAUCUAUUCUUGGGGAUGAGGAGAAAAGAGCGGUCUAUGAUGAGACUGGCUAUACUGGUGAUGAUGCUUUGGGUGGGGAUGUUGCUGAGAGUCUGCAGGAGUAUUUCAGAACCGUGUACAAACGAGUUACAGAAGCUGACAUUGAAGAAUUUGAAGCUAGUUAUAGAGGCUCUGAUUCUGAGAAAAAAGAUUUGAAGGACCUCUACGUAAAAUUCAAUGGCAAUAUGAAUAGGCUGUUCUGUUCAAUGAUUUGUUCUGAUCCAAUGUUGGAUUCUCACCGCUUCAAGGAUGCAAUCGAUGAAGCAAUAGCUGAAGGAGAAUUGAAGACGAGCAAAGCUUAUCAGAAAUGGGCUAAGAAAGUUGCUGAAACAGAACCACCAACUGAUCCUCUAGUCAGAAGACGGAAGUCAAAGAAACAAGAAGGAAUGGACAUAGUUGCAGUUAUAUCUAAUCGCAGGAGCCAGAGAAAAGAGCAGUUCAAUUCCAUACUCUCCUCCAUCGUGGCUAAAUGUGGUACCAGUGCUGAUGCUGAACCAACUGAAGAAGAGUUUCAGAAAGCACGACAGAGGCUCGAGAAUAAGCAAGUGAAAAAGAGAAAGCAUUAGCAUGUCGGUGCUCCCGAAUCAAUGGUUGAAGUUUUGUAUUCCUAUUUGGUGCUUAAAGUGAUGUGAUAACCUCUCACUUUUGUCAGCAAUGUCUUUGUCCCAGCUGCGUGUUAGUUGAGCUAAUUGUGCACUCCAGACUGAUUGGUGCAUUGAUAAUCUAGUUUUCCAGACUGAUUGAUGCA